UGGAUGGAUAUGUAUCUGUUUUAAAAUGUCUGCGUCAGCAACUGUAGUAGGGGGAUCCAACUUUAGAGGUGAAGUAUGAGAUUCAGCAUUCAUUACUGAUACCUUUCCCUUACUUAUUUCUUUUCUCAGAAAACAGGAAAAUGCAUUUGAGUCUUUUUACCGUAGUCCUAGUCCUGACUGGGGGAGGAUUAGGUAGUUGUGGCACUUGCUUCAACACAACUUCUGUUGUAGAGGUAGAUGCGCAUAUGGAACGUUACAUAUUUAGGAAAGUAAGGUCACCGUCUCUCUAUUCCUGUGCAUCAGAAUGUCUGAUGUCUUCAGUCUGCAUGUCCUUCAACUUUGAGACCAAGACCCGCAUCUGUGAACUCAACAGCAACAGUAGUGACCUAGUGGCCGUCACAACGCGGCCAGGAUUUCUUUACAGUGACAUCAACCACUGGCCAAAGUCCCUCGCUGGCGCCUGUUCGGAGACAACUUGUCCUAUGUCCAGAUGCCAUUCAGAUCGACUCGGACGUGCAGCAUGUGUAACAGAGUUUCAGGGUUGUGACGCACCACCUUCUGUUGCCAAUGCUGAAAUGCGUUAUGACGGAGUGUACGAAGGAGCAGUUGCAGAAUACAGUUGCAAGAACAACUUCAUGAUGUGCACGGAUAGAAACAGCAGAGUCUGUCUGUUAACAGGAAAUUGGAGUGGUUCUGUCGGCCCGUGCGCACAGUAUAGUUGGGACAACCCGGUGAUGAACUUCAUCAUGGUCGUGCCUUGUGGGAAUUAUACCAGUUUCAAAGUAACAAUGAACAUCACUCCAACGACCAUUACACGAGUAUCUAUGGAUUUUCGCGGGGGAGGAAAUCUUCUGUAUCAUAUUUCCUUCCGACUGGAUCAAAACAAGCUAGUAUUCAACUCACGCAUCUCCGGUGUGUGGGGAACACCGAUUGAUCUAUCGCCGGUCCCAUUGGCAGUAGGUACCGAGUCUCUGGUGGAGAUACGACUGGACCAAGGCAUGUACAUGCUAGCUGUAGAUGGAUCAAGCAUAAACAACUUCACAGACAGAUACCCGAAUGAGAUCCUAAAAAACGUCCGUAUCAGUGGUGACGCCAACCUCACGGCGGCGCAUAUCUCCAUAUGAGGUUGUUGUCAGUAUCAACUGACUCUCGGUAACAAACCCUGCAAAACGAAAACAUCCCACAGCAGAGCUAAAUACUGUUUCUGGACAUACAAAGCUAUGGGAACAUUGUGCGCAGUCCGUGGAGUAUCAGAUAUUGUUUUGUUUUUUUAUACAGGUAUAAUAUCGUGAUACAAUGAGUGACAUAUGUUUCAAUUUCAACUGAAUGUGGUGAUCACUAGGGCUUGUGUAGUACUCUUUCUGGUUAAGUUGCGGUUUCAGACAUAUAGCUGUAAUAUUGUGAGAAUAUUGCGCAAAAUGCGAUCCAUCGUCUUUUACGUUUAUGACACAAUGUAACAAAAGAGAACACCAUUUGCUUUAAUAACUUCCAGAUAGUAUUUAUCAAAUUCAAAAAGGGUGCAGUCAUUUGUGAACUUGUGGUAUUUGCUGUGUAACCUUUCCUCCUUUAUGAGGGUAUGACAUUAUCCUCGUGUUCGACGUCAUGACGAUCAAAUGUUCUUGUUCAUCCAUCUUAUCAAAUGUCACAUCAAAGGAACAUGUCACAAGAGACGGUUAAGAUUGAUGGCAGUACUUCCUACUGGCUAUGGAAAGUCUCCUCCGUUUCAAAUGUUUAUCCCACUGAAGCAAGAGACAGACGGUAACAUGGUGUAGGGUAUUUUUUGUUAUAGAAUGGGUGUAUAAUACAUUGGAUUACCGAAAUUGCUCUUUGUUGUUCAACCACUUAUAAAUAUUUCGUUUGGAUACAUCAAAUGAUUGACAUAUAAAAUGUUAAUACCCGACGCAACGACAUGUUGUGCAGGCUACUGUUUGAUAUCAGGACAACAGUAGCUUUAAUUGUGAACAAUGGAUAUAUUACAUUUGUUUAUAAGAAUGACAUUUUUUUCGCGGAAAGUAAUAAUUAGACUUAGUAAAAGAGAAACUACACACAUACACUACUGCCUAGAAGUUCA